GAGGAUGGGUAGAUAGUCCAUGCCUUACGGGUGCUCCAUUUAAAACGAUCGAUCGUACUUUAAGCUUCAAUGGCGUCUUCUUCACCGCCGGCUUCUCCCUCCGGUAAUAGGCAACUUCUUCCGGUUUCCGACGGACAGUCCUCUCUAUCCAACGUCGUCUACGAGCUUUCACAGCAAGUACAAGCUGCAAUGGAGAAUAUGCUUAAGAUGAUUACUGAAAUUGACCAAAGCUCAAGUGGAAUAAUAGAAGAAAUAGAGAAAUGCAAAUACUCUGCUUUUGAGAGGAAAAAAAGUUUAGAGGAAGGCAAAGAGCGUUUCCAGAAAGCAGCUUUCUCUGUUCUAGACAUGCUGAACAACAACACAGAGAGUAACUAAAAACCUAAAACUUUCACACUUGGGUUGCUAAGACUUGAAGAACCAAGUGUGUUACUAAUGCAUGUGAUGAUCUGUUUAAGAUGGUUUGUUUAAGUUACAGUUGUUGCUAUCUUCCUCUUAUCAUAUUUUGAACGAGAUUAUAGAGUUUGUUGUUCUGUUGA